AGAGCUAAAAUAAAAACCAAACCGAAAGAAAAAAGAGUAGCAAACGAACUGUUUCAUUGUAAAUUGAUUGUUGUUAUUUGUGCGUGUUUCGUUACGUACGCUACGACACCCAGAGUGAGACAAAACGAGAGUAUAUUAGACGCGCGGUGUUGUAUGUGUAGAAAGUUCUGCGAUUCGAUUAGAAAUAAUUUCCAGAGUAUAGUUGUGGAGUUGCCGUUUUGUCCAUCGCAUAUAAAACUGAAUUCGAUAAAAAAAGAAAAUACAGAAAGAGAGAAUAAAACAAAAAAACGACGUCCAACCGACCACCACGAGAAUUAUUUUGAAGUUUUAACUCUAUUUUUGAUACUCACACGGCUAACUAACAAACGGAACCGAAGUCAAAAUGAAGCGAGCUAUGUCAGAAAAUAAUUCGGAGAGCGAAGACAAUGUGAACGAAGGAGUCAUGAAUUUGAGCAGUGGUGGUGGCAGUAAUGCCAGUGGAAAUCACAGCAAUAAUAACUAUAAUAAUAACAAUCGAGGACAAAAACGCUUUCGCAACGAGGAAACGAUUCGUUUACUGAUUCCAAGCCGAUUUGCUGGCGGUAUCAUUGGAAAAGGUGGCCAAAACAUCAAACGACUACGUCAAGAGUUUAAUGCCAAUAUUAAUGUUGAGGAUUGCCCUGGCCCUGAACGUACGGUAAAUAUAUCUGCACCUGAGCUCAACAAUGCUCUCAAAGUGAUUGAAGAUAUUUUGCAUAACAACUUUGGCGAGGCGGACAGCGAAAUUGAUUUACGUUUGUUGAUUCAUCAAAGUUUGGCCGGUUGUGUUAUUGGAAAGGGUGGCGGCAAAAUCAAGGAAAUUCGAGAUAAAGUAGGAUGCCGUAUUUUGAAGGUAUUUUCAAACAUGUGCCCACAGAGUUCCGACCGGGUCGUACAGUGCAUUGGCAAGGCAAAAGAAUGCAUGGAUGCCAUCAGCGAUAUUCUUGUGCUGAUAAAAGAAGUGCCAAUAAAAGGCUCAAUACAAAGUUAUGAUCCAAUCAAUUACGAUGACUACUUGGCCGACAAAUAUGGUGGAUUUGGUGGAGAUAAUGCCGGUAAUGGCGGAAAUCGUAAUAACAACAAUAACAACCGCGGCGGAAACAGUGGCGGUGGCGGUGGCGGUGGCGGUAGCGGCGGUGGCAAUGGAGGCCAAGGUCGCAACAAUCGAGACAGAAGCUUUGAGCGCCGUGACAAUAAUCGCAACUUCAAUCGAAGAAAUGACGGUGGUGGACGUGGUGGUAAUAAUAACAUGAGAGAUCGUGAUCGUAACAGUUUCAUAAAUCCAUGGGCAUCGAACCAACAGCCCCUGGGUGGUAACAAUUUUGAUGGACCAAAUUUCAGUCAGUUUGGAAACAAUGGCCUCGGUGGCAUGGGCUACAAUAAUUUCAACAACCCGAACAAUACAAGCAACACAAAUAGCUUGAUGAAUGGAUUUAAUGGGCUCGGUAAUAAUCCAAAUUUGGGCAACAACAGUGCAUUUGAUAACAGCAUGGGCGGUAACAUGGGUAUGGGUGGUAACAACAAUUUGGGAAAUAAUAUGCCAAAUAAUCUUGGAAACAAUGGACAAAAUGAUGAGAGUCGAGAAACUACACAAGUUACAAUUCCAAAAGAUUUGGCUGGUGCUAUCAUUGGAAAAGCUGGAACACGCAUACGAAGAAUUCGUAUGGAAUCGAACGCCUUCAUCACAAUCGAUGAACCAGCUCAAGGAUCAACCGAUCGCAUCAUCACAAUUUCUGGCACAGCAAGGCAAAUUCAAUUGGCUCAAUAUUUGCUGCAGCAAAGUGUACGCGAACAUCGACGAAAUUAAUAGCCAGCGUCAAUACAGAUGUUAACCAUGUCCAGCCAGCAAUAAUCCAUCGUGCGUUAAAUACAACUCUAAUUUCUCCUACACCUCCUCCUGCCACCUUAAAGUAUGAACGAAGAAUUCACCAGCCGCCGUAUAAAAAAUAUUUGAAAAAAAAAACCACAAUACUGGUUGCAAUAAUAUAUGAUCUUCUAAAGUACAUACCCACACCGCAUUUAGCAGAUGCAAUCAAUGUUUUUUUUCUUUAAAAAAAUCUACAAAAUGUAAUAAAGAACAAAUUAUAGACACAUUGAAUGACCAUAGAAAUUCAGCCAUUCCAACACAAAACAACAAGAAUAAAACAACGAAAAGGAUUUGUUUCAUUUCAACGCGUAAAUUUUAUACAAAUUGUGAAUCACAUUUAAAACAAACAAUUUCGCUUCGUGUGUAAGAAAAUAAUAAUAAAUGAAUGAACACUGAACCAAGUAAUCAAGGCACAAAAUGUCUUAUACAAAUUUAAAUAUUACACUGGGAAGUAAACCAAACAGACAAUGAAAACAUUUGAAACAAAAAAAAAUAGUUUGCAAUUAGUGUCACUCAUCCAAACUCAAUCCCAACUAUUCAAUAAAUUAAAUCAAAUCAAAGAAUUAAAAUUAAAACAAAAAUCUACAUUUUUAUUUUAUUGUAACGCAACAUUUUUAUAGUAAAUCUAUGCCGAAACAAACAUUUGAAAAUACUGAUAUACACAUAUGUGACAAUGAAUACAAGAGAAUUUCAUAAUUCACACGUCCAUUUUUAUCAUGAUAGUUUUGUUUCUUUUGUUACGGUCAUUGUGGAAUGAAUUUGAAUAUCUUGUGCUCAAAACUUACUUUUAUUAGCCACUUUGAAAUGAAUAUAUGUAUUUUUUUCGAUACAUUUUUUGUUCGUGCAUUUUGCAUAAUUAAUUGAAGAUGUUUUAAAAAAAAUCAUCGUACAACUCGAGUUAGUACUAUAACUUUGUUAUAUAAUGUUAGAACAACUUUGCUUAAGAUUGUUUCUUCAGUUACGAAAAGCGAGAGGCCGACAAAAAAAUGCCUGUGAAAAAAAGAACAGAUAUUUUUUUUUUCAACCAAAACGAACAUUGUAUGUGUAUUCAUUGGAACAAAUUUGUGUCCCAGUAUGUUCAUUUGGUGAGUCGAUGCGAUU